CUGUAAGAGGUAGCUUAAAAGAUUUUGAGCGGGUUUACAAGAAGGACCCGUCACGGCUACACUUACGCGAUUCCAGCAAUUCAGUACCCUUCCAUCAUGCAUGUGGCGCUGGAAAGCUUGAAAUUAUGGAGUUUAUACUCGAGAAAGGAGGAGAAUUGGAAGCCUUUGAUGGUCAAGGAAACACUGCCUUGCACUGGGCAGCUGAGAAGGGUCAAGCAGCAGCUAUUGAUUUCCUCAUACUCAAAGGCAUCAGUCCGAACCCCAUGAACCAUCAGUGUAUGACACCGCUUCAUACAGCAUGUGAUCUAGAUGUCGCAGACUCAGUCGAUGCAUUAUGCAAACAUCGACCACUGGUCGAUAUAGACUGUUCGGGAGAGUUGGGUCAGACACCUCUUCAUUACUGCGCGGUUAGAGAUAGUGUGAACGCCGCAAGAAAACUGCUUGAAUUUACCCCAGCUCUUUCUCGACCUGAUCAAAAUGGCGUUUACCCAAUCCAUGCUGCUGCUACCCAUGCCUCUGCCAGGGUGAUGGAACUUCUCUUCGUGGAAUCGGAGAGGCCUGGUAGUGAUCGGUCAUCGCUCCUCACGGUGACAGAUAAGGAGGGCAACUCGGCCCUCCAUUCGGCCGUCAACAGCGGGGACUUCGCUGCAGUCAAACUCUGCCUUAAAUACGGAGCGAGAAUUGAUAUACAACAGGCCGAUAAGUCAACGCCAGUGCACUUAGCCUCCUCUCAAGGCGCUCUUGAUAUGGUCCAGCUCAUGUUCAACUCCCAAGACGAAAACAGAAAAUCACUCCGACUCAAGGAUGUACAAAAUCAAACACCUUUACACAAGGCCGCCAUGUUUGACCAUGCGGAAGUGGUGACGUAUCUGAUAAAUGAGGGAAGUGAUUACAAUGCCAAGGAUCGGCAAUGCCGUACACCUCUGCUGCUCGCUACAGCACGCGGUGCCUGGCGCGCAGUCCGUACGCUGCUCCAACGAGGUGCAGACUUUACACAGACAGAUUGUGACAAGCGAAAUGUAUUACAUUUGGCACUUCUCCACGGGGGUAAUCUGGAUUUCUUCGGGAGAGAGUUUUUCAAGCAGAAAGAUGGAGCAUUGGAACUGCUUAACCAGCGGGACUGUUCGGGCUGUACACCGAUGCACUACGCCACACAACAGGGCAACAUCAAGUCUGUUCAAGGCCUUAUCGACCUCGGUGCCACCGUUAACCUAAAGAAUAAAGAAAAACAAUCACCUCUUCAUUUCGCAGCCAGGUAUGGUCGUCUGAAUUCAUGUAAAAGACUACUCGAUAGUGCGAUAGGACCUCAUAUCUUGAACGAGAGCGACGGUGCAGGUCGGACAGCACUCCACAUCGCAUCGUGGAGCGGUCAUGUUAAACUUGUACAACUCUUACUUAGUAAAGGAGCAUUAUUGCAUAGAGAUCACGAAGGGAGGACACCUCUUCACUUAGCUGCCGUAGAGGGCUACAUCAAUACAAUGAAAGGUUUAUUAGCUACACAUCCUCAUCUUAUGAAUCAAACAGACGAUGAAGGGAACACUGCCUUGCACUUGGCGGCUCGGGCUGGCCAGGCUGCCGUUGUCACAUUCCUACUCGACAGUCAAGCCGCAUUGUUACGUAAUAAUUCGGACCAGAGCUGCAUGGAAGUGGCUAUCGAGUGCAGAAACAAAGACGUCGCCAUGGCCUUUGUCAUGAACGAAAGGUGGCAUGAAGCGAUGGACGAUUGUGGGGAGAGAAAGGCACCUCAUAUGCUCGGCCUUAUCGAACAGUUACCAGAAGUGGCUUAUACUGUUUUAGAAAGGUGUCAAACGGAGAAGAAAGCCGACGAAGAAGACCCAAGAAGUCGGCGGAAUUACGACUUUACCUAUCUCCGAUGUACAAAGGAUAAGCAAUCAAAGUUUCUCAAUAGUGAAGAAGGAUUUGUUCCCCUUCUGGUGUUAAAUACAAUGGUGAAGUUCAACAGAAUCAACUUGUUAUCCCACCCAGUGUGUGUUAAUUAUCUUGCAAUGAAAUGGAAUGCCUACGGACGAGCCUGUCACGUGACUAACAUCACGAUCUACCUAGUCUUUGUUUUCUUCCUAACCUACUUUGUGUGUAUUACCGACGUACCUGAUAGCUUCCGGGUCGCCAACCGUACAUCGUUUGAAAAUAGCCCUUCUGUUGAAGAAUACCUUCGGUUACCGUACGCAGAUUUUACCAUGUCGACAAUUGUUGCUGUAUGGGUGAUCUGUGGGUUUGCUUCUAUGAAUAUACUAAAGGAAAUCGUCCAACUCUUGCAACAGAAAGGGAGAUACUUCUAUGAAUUCACCAAUCUGCUAGAAUGGACGCUCUAUGCCACGUCAUUAGCCUUCGUUGCCCCCUACCUCGCCGGGGAGAACAAAGAUUUCCAGUGGCAGUGUGGUGCAAUUGCAGUUUUCAUAGCCUGGUUUAACUUUUUACUUUAUUUACAAAGAUUCGAUAUAUUUGGAAUCUACGUGGUGAUGUUCCUAGAGAUUCUUCGUACACUAGUACAGGUUCUAUUAGUCUUCUCAAUCCUUAUAGUUGCAUUCGGUCUCACCUUCCAUAUCCUAUUACCAAGAGAGGACAACCACGCGCAUAACACCCCAGCGAUGUCACUGCUACGUGUUUCCACCGCCCUACUCCUCGGCGAACUCGACUUCAUCAACUCGUUCGUCGAUCCGCUCAACGAUGGCGACAACGUCACAAUGCCUUACCCAGAACUCACAUAUUUCUUUCUUAUUGGCCUCGUAUUACUGAUGCCAAUCCUACUUAUGAAUCUAUUGAUUGGUUUGGCUGUCGGUGAUAUCGCCUCCAUGCAACAUAAUGCCCAUCUCAAGCGGCUGGCUAUGCAGGUUGAACUUCAUACAGACCUGGAACAGAAGCUUCCUGCUCGCAUCCUCAAGGCUGGCGAGAGAGACCAAUACACAGUAUAUACACAUACCGCCAAGUACUUUAUACUCAGGGCCCGCGAGAGAGGGAAAUACUUCUUCUAUAUUAAGAUGCUUCAGUACUUCAUAUAUAGGAUUUGGAAUAAAAUCCGAGAAACGGCUGGUAUGGAAGGCAACGCGAUUGGGUCCAAAAUGGGAGGAGAUGCGGCGAACGACCCGCAGCUUGUUAUUCUACAAAAUGAGAUGAUUAGCCAGAAAAGAAGACUGAAAGAGGUCAAAGAGCAGCUGGACCGCCAAUACGACUUGCUACGUCUUAUCGUGCAGAAGAUGGAGAUCCGAAGCGAGGCUGAGGACAGAGACGAAGGCGAGGGUCCCGGUGGAGAGAACGGCAGGUCAGGACAACUUGAAUUAGACUGGCUAGCUGAGUACUAAUGGUUUCCUUCCUCCAACUAUUGCACCGACUUCUCGCAGUUCAUGUCGGCACGAAGCUCCAGGAGAUCUAGUCUUGCUAGUGUUGGGGUUGGUACGGUCGUCAGGCAGGACAGCGCCCCCACAGUUCCAACCAGAUCAUCACCAUCAUCUGUGCGUGCUUCCUCGACUUGGAGCCUUCCUCGGGCGCGGUUACUAUCAUCAUCAGAAUCAAUGAUAUGAAGUCCCCUACACACUUCGAUAUACAUUUCAAGGCAUAUCAUGCCACGCGUAUAUAUUAUGACGUCACGCAAGCCUUGAAGCACUAACACUGACACAGACUCUGCUGUACUUCCAUGAAACUCUUAACAUGACUUUGUGAUGUAACAUUUACUUUUAAGUUCAUUUUUUUUUAUGUCAAGGGAAUUACGAUAUGCAAAUGUUACAUAAACACGAGCAUUCCCCUGUCAGAAUUCUAAGAAAUAUCGAUAUCUUUGUGUAAGGACGAUAUGCUUCUUCCUUGUUUACCAGAACUCAGAAAGAAAUGUAUACGUGCAGCCAAGAUGUUUGAAUUCAUGAAUGAAUGCUCAACCUGAUAACUGGACAUUGUACAAUCAUUUAAGACAUAUAGCUUUGAAAUUACUAUCUGAUAGUUCUCAAAAUUAAUAUCUGCGGAAAGAAAUUUUAAAUGGUAAAUCGCAUCUGGUGAACUUCCUGCUUGCUGUUUUGAUUUCCUUGUUAGAACUGACAAAGGGAUGAAUCUGUGAAUGCUGUACAAAUGUGAUUUUAGUUUUAAAAGAUCGGUCUUAACUCAUAAUAUUUAGGGAAAUAUCAUUUAAAAAAGGAAAUGGAGUAGCAGCGUCCUUGUUUUAAUAUGAUACAAUAGCAAUGAUCGAUCCUUCCAUUUUGAACGCUGUCUCCUUUUUGCAAUCCACUUACCAAGAAAAAAUAUUAUGUUUGCACCUUUAUUAACCUCCAUAUUCACACCCAAACGCGAAAUUUCCAUGGCGCCGCACUUUUGGAAAUCAUUAUAAUUCAUUAUAACUAAUCUCUAGAAGACAAAAAAUGAAAAGGUGUCAAUACAUUUGUAUUGACCAUUAUUAUGCCUGCCUUAACUGAGAGAGUGAUAAUGAUUAAACUCCUUUUUGCUGCAGUCACACCAAAAACCUGUUCUAGACCGAUCAAGCCAAAAGUCUGACCGAGUACGUAAUUGAACGGUAUUGCAUCGUUCGGUUAGGAACCAGUUUCGUUGUUGUUGUGAGUGUAGCAUGAGUUUAAUGAUACAGUCUAACCAAAGAAACCGACACAAACCGAUCAAGCCAUUACGUUAUUUGGAAUGACAAUGCAUCGGUCGGUUAGGAGGCGGUUUCGUUGGUGUGACCGACAAUCGGGAGUACUGUUGUAGAAAAAAGAACAGUGCAAUGGAAUUGAGUUAAGUCAUUCAGUCUCAAACAUUUCAAAUGUUUUUUGUCGACGAAUGUCUAUAUCAAAUCUCGUUUCUCAAUGGAGGAGGACUUACUAUAGUCAACAUAAAAACAAUCCAAAUGAAAGGUCUACAUGACAUGAUGGCCCAAUUGAUGCGGAUGCUUUGUAAUGGUAAUAUUUAGCUGGGGUUUUCUUGUACAUGUAUGCCUAACAUACUACAUCAUGCCAUCUGUAGCCACUCCGGCAACAUAUCUUGCAAGGAAGGACCAUACACUGAAAUGUGCAGUGCCAAAAUCGUCAAUUGAUUCCUACAAAUACUCCUUCUUCCCGAGGAAAAUCCGAAUAUGGAACCACCUGCCUGGCGAAGUUGUAUACAAAACAGGUCUACCAGCAUUCAAUGAUGCUGCGCUUCCCAUUAUUACAAAUCUGCAGCCUCCAACCGGAUCUCUUGUUCUUUAAGAUGUAUCCAGGUUUUUACUUGCACAUCGCACUCUCCUUUUAUUGUAAAAUAGAGAUCUUCACUAUGACACCAACCAAUCUUUCACGACAUAUUGCAAAGUUCAUUCCAGCUAAGCUUUUUGGAGCUGCAAGAGGAAUUAUCUCAUGAAGUAUCAAGUAACAAAAUAUCAUUUACUCACUGACAUAGCUACAGACAUCGCUCAUUGCAUUACCAAUUAGAGGUGAUUUUGUUUGUAUUCAGGUGCUUCAUGUACAAUAUAUUGAUGAUGGUAAUAGUGACAACAAUUUAACUAGGGUAGCUACUUGAGUUAUGAUAUUGCUCUACCUACGAGCCUUGCAUCAAAUAAUAUUUCUGUUAUCCUUCUAAGCCUAAAUGAUGGACUUUAAGCUAGAAGGCACAUGGUUCUAUUUCGAUAGGUCUUUGGUAUCACUCGGUCUAGGAUUGAACCCAGUACGACUUCCUGUUAUUACCAUGAUUGCGUAGCCCUUUAUGAGUAUUCAUGAAUUUUGCUUAUCAAAAGUAUACAGCUUACACAAGUUGAUCUAGUUAUCGUUAUAAUUCAUCUUUUAAGUGGCAGUCACUUAAUUGAAAUAAGUUCUCUUUCAUGUAGACGUAUACAAAUCACACUGUAAUACAAUGAGCAUGGUGAGAAUGGCAGUUUGUGAGACCUGAAUCGGGAUAUAUACCCUUUUAAGUGUAGACUUUUUAAAAGAAAAUCAAAGAAGUUUUAAACAUAUAUUUAUAUAUACUUUGCAUUGUUUUGUAAAUAUCUUUACAGUGCUCAAUCAGAAACAUAAUUAUCAUUUCUCGUCACAAUUCCACGGUCCUUGGGUGUAACAUAAUAACGAGAUGCGCUAGAUAUUUCAUUUCACUCUAUUUAUUUGUCAAUUCUGGUUAGAAUAUGUAACAUACAGUUGUACAUUUAAUGGUAUACACGAAUU